AUGUCAUUGAACGCUUGUUUUAUCGAAGUCGAUGCUACUGGAACUUAUGUUGCAUUUCACCCUGUACAGAUUCAACGUGGACAAAUUAUUCCAGAGUACAAUUUUAUGAGUAUAUGGUCGGAACCUCUACCAGAAGAUUCAUCGAAAGUUACUGAAGCGCUGUUGGAAUCUAUUGUUAAAGUGUUCAAUAGAAUGCCAACUACAGCGGACUUUAAUGAUGGUCGCCAUGAAAGACUGGUUAUUUGGCUGAAUGUUGAGCUUAUUCCUCCUAAUAUUAAUCUGUUACAACUGUCAGCUGGGUUCAUACAUUCCGAAAUCACAUUGGUUUUUGUAACUGAAAUUACUCGUGACUUCCAAACUUGGGAUCUUUAUCGUGAAACGGCUCGAAACACCGGUGGUGAGUAUAUACUGCUUCCAAGUGAUCCAACGGCUCUGGAACGUGCUAUAUUAUCGGUCAUUAAUGGUGGAGAUACUCUACGACAAGCAUUUCUUCAUUUACGAACGCAACAAAGCACAGCAACUCCUAGUCGUCCAACUGAUGCCAAUGAACAAACACAAGGUGCAGCCAACGACUUGAUUUUCCCGUUUGACUGA